AUGGAGCCGGGGCCGUCCGUGUACGGCGGCGCGCAGCGUCCGGGCAAGGGCCGCGUCGACGGGCAGCCGUCGGGGCCGAUAGAGCUGCCGGAGCACCGCGCGCCCCCGUCGAGCAGCGAGGGCGGCAGCGUGAGCAUUGGGGAGGCCCCGGUGCCCGAGGAGGCCGGUGAGGUGGACCGCGCGGAGUUCUCGAAGAUUCUCUCGGAUCUCGCGGACGCGCAGACGGCGAAGUUACAGCUCGGCAACGACGUCGCGACCCUGGAACAGUCGCUCAGCCAGCAUGGCGAGCGCAUCGCGCUCCUGGAGACCCAGCUCAAGCAGGAGCGGGAUGCGUACGCGCGCGCGCGGGACCAGCACGAGGCGGACCGCCUCAGGUGGCAGCGGGACUACGACUACUGGAAGAAGUGGGCGGGGAACCGCACGGCCGUCGAGGCCGAGGUGCUGGACCUGCGCAGGGCCCUCACGGAGGCCAGGAACAAGCUCGGGGCGCGCGAGGAGGAGCUGCGCGUGGCCAUGCAGGACCUGCAGAUGGCACGGUCAGGCACGGGCACCCCCAUGACGCCUGCGUCAGCGGUGCAGACCCCGUCCUACCGCGGAGCCGCCACGCUCCCGGGCUCGCAGCGCGGUACGCCCCCGCCAGCCGCGUCGCCGCUGCCGGUGUCCGGCACGCCGGCGUCGCAGGCGUCGGCCACGGCGUCGCAGGCCGAGGGCGCGGCGGGCGCGGGCCGCACCGUGGUCGUUCCGAGCGAGAAGCUGACCGUCGACGACGUCCAGGCGCUGCUCGACGACGUCUCCGUGGGCACGGUCGACCUGGGUGGGCGCGAGCUCGUCGGACGGUUCGGGCAGUCGCUGCGGUUGCGACGCGCCGGAUGCGCGCUGACGAACGGCGUGGUGUCGUCGCUGGGGGAGGCGCAGCCGGACAACACGACGGUGCCGGGCCCGCCGGACGCGAACGGCAAGCCGCAGGAGGCGGUGUGCGCGCCGGGCGUGGUCGUGGAGGCCCCUGGAUGCAAGUUGGAGAACGUCGUGGUGAAGGGGGCGGGGCGGAAGGCGAAGAGCUACCCGGGGCAGUCGGGAAUCAUGGUCAAGGUGGCGCGCGAGGUCGUGCUGCGGAGGUGCGAGGCGAGCGGGAUGUGCGGUAUCGGCCUCGUGGUGCACUGCGCCGAGCGCUCGGAGCUGGACACCCCCCGGGGGCCGCCGCAGCCGGCCGCGGACGUGGCGGUGAACUGCACGCUCGUGGACUGUACGGUCCAGCGGUGCCAGUGGGGCAUCUUCGCGAACCGCGCCACCAUCGCGGUGCGCCGCACGGCCGUCCAGGAGACGGCUAUUGGUGUCAUGUGCCACACGCGGGCGACGAUGCUCCUGGCCGGUUGCUUCGUGCGCGGGAACCGCGUGGCCCUGUACGCGUCGCGCGGCGGCGUCCUCGAGUGCCGCACCUCGGACGUCCAGUCGAACCACACCGCGUGCAGCGCCAAGGACAAGGGCACGGUGCUGUGCUACGCGUGCAACUUCGACGGCACGGAGACGCUGACCAAGGAGGCCGGGGGCAACGUGAAGAUCGAGGAGAGGAUGCCGAUGCCGUCGCCGCAGACCAUGCGCGGCAUGCCCGCGGCGCUCGCGGCCCUGCAUCAGGAGCCGCAGACUCCCAUGGGGUCCAUGCGCAUGUCCUGA